AUGGCGGCUGGCAAAUCCGGCGCGAUGUUGGCCAAGAUACUCGGUAUAGAGCUCGAGGCCAGCGCUCGCCAUCAGACAAGAGAAGUACACGAGCAUGUCGCCCAGGCCAUCUCACCUCACGAACCCUAUUACGAGGAGGACCCGACCGUCAAAGAGUGGCUGUUGGAGCAUGUUCCCACAAAGGAGGGAUCAGUUCGCUAUGUCAAAAGCCUAUUUCCGUUCACGACGUGGAUCUUCAGAUACAACACUCGCUGGCUCGUCUCUGAUGCUAUCGCUGGCGUCACUCUCGGGCUCCUGGCUGUCCCACAAGCCGUGGCCUACGCUCUUCUGGCACGCCUCAGCCCCGAAUACGGUCUUUACACAUCCUUCAGCGGCGCAGCUCUCUACUGGAUCUUUGGCACGUCAAAAGACAUGGCCGUAGGCGCAACAGCAGUCGUCUCCCUCCUCGUCGGAAAGGUCAGCGCCAAAGUCCUCGAAGAACACCCGGGCGAGUUCCAGCCAGAGGAGAUCUCCAAGACCCUCGCCUUCCUGGCCGGCGCCGUCCUCCUCGCCUUCGGCCUGCUCCGCCUCGACUGGGUCGUCGAGUUCAUCCCGCACGUCGCCAUCUCGGCCUUCGUCACCGCCGCCGCCAUCACAAUCACCCUCAGCCAGAUCCCCUCGCUCCUCGGCAUCGACGGCGUCAACUCAAAGGCCGCGGCGUACCGCGUCUUCAUCGACACCGCCCGGGGCCUGCCCCGCAUCAAGCUCGAUGCCGCCGUCGGCUUGACGGCGUUGGCGCUGUUGGCCGCCGUCAAGUGGUACUGCGAGCGCAUGGCGAGGGCGCAGCCGAGACGCAGGCGCGCGUGGGAGAUGCUGGGCUCCCUGCGCAUGACCUUCACCAUCGUGCUCUACACCCUCGUCAGCUUCCUGGUGAACAGGGGGCUGGAGAGCAAAGACCUCCGGUUCCGCGUCACCGGCACCCUGCCCCGGGGCCUCACCCACGCCGGCCCGCCCAGCCUGGACCCGAAGCUGGUCUCGGCCCUCCUGCCGGACCUCCCCACCACCGUCGUCAUCAUCGUGAUCGAGCACAUCGCCAUCGGCAAGUCCUUCGGCCGCGCCAACAACUACACCGUCCAGCCGUCGCAGGAGCUCAUCUCCGUCGGCUGCGCCAACCUCUUCGGCCCCUUCCUCGGCGCCUACGCCUCGACCGGCUCCUUCGGCGGCACCGCCGUCCUCUCCAAGGCCGGCGUGAGGACGCCUCUGGCCGGCCUCUUCAACGCCGCCAUCCUGCUCCUCGCCCUCUACGCCCUGACCUCGGUGCUCUACUACAUCCCCAUGGCCAGCCUGGCGGCGCUCAUCGUCCACGCCGUCAGCAACCUCGUCACCUCGCCCGACCACGUCUUCAAGUCGUGGCUCAUGUCGCCGCCCGACGUCUUCAUCUACUUCGCCGGCGUCUUCGUCUCCCUCUUCACCACACUCGAAAACGGUAUCUACGUCACCGUCGCCCUCUCUGCGGCUUUGCUCCUGCUCCGCCUCGCGCGGUCCAAGGGCCGCUUCCUGGGCCGGGUGCGCGUCCAUCGUCACCCGGAGCACGCCGACGCCGCCGCCGCUCCCGGUCACGUGGUCUCGGACAAAUAUUCCGUCAGCAGCUCGCAGACCCUCUCGCGUAGCAGGACGGCGUCUUGGACGGCUCAUCCCCCGACACACGACGUCUUUCUCCCCCUAGAUCGCAAGGACGGCACCAACCCGGCAGUGCGGGUCAACGAGCUGCACCCGGGCGUCUUCAUCUACCGGUUCACCGAGGGCUUCAACUACCUCAACCAAGCACAGUACAUAGACCGCUUGCUCGAGCACGUCACCCGCGCCACCAGACGGACCACGCCGCCGCGCUACGAUCACCCGGGCGAUCGCCCCUGGAACGAGGCCCCGCCGCCGCCGGCGCCGGCGGUCGAGACCGACACGGAGUCCCCGGCAACGUCCAAGCCGCUGCUCCGAGCGAUCGUCCUGGACUGCUCCGCCGUCAACACCAUGGACUCAGGCGCCGUCGAGGGCCUCGUCGACCUCCGCAACCAGCUCGACCGAUGGGCGGCGCCCGAGCCCGUCGAGUGGCACUUCGCGGGCCUGCACAGCCGCUGGACCCGGCGCGCUCUCGCGGUCUCCGGGUUCGGAUGCCCGACGGCGGGCCGCCUGGGCGGGUUCCAGCCGGUGUUCAGCCUGGCGGACUUGGCGGGCCGGCCGCCCGCGCUCUGUAAAGGACGGGUUGGGGUAACAACGGCAUGUGGCGCCAGCGACUCUGAGGGAAUUUCAUGUUCCUCGCUGGAGGAAGGCGGCUUUGGUCCCAAAGAGAGCGUGGGCGCACACCUUGGUGCAGUCAGUGGGAUCAGCAGGCCGUUUUUCCACCUCGACCUCCCAUCCGCCGUCGAGAACGCAGUGAAGAGUGCCAUGAAGAGGGAUCAUGAUUGA